AUGGGUGUAGUUCAUGAGACGGCGUCGGCCAACGGUACGAGCAUGAAGGUUCCACGGAACGCAAUACUUGCCCUCAUAUUGGAGGGCUGCAUACACACAGCUCUUGCGAAUGCCGAGAUACUUGCAGAUCGACUUGACGUCGAGUUGUAUCUUCCCGACACAUCCAUCAGCAAGAUCGUGAAUGGCCUCCACACCUUUCAGUCGGCCACCGACCUCAAUAUCAUCACAGACGAGAUCUUCUUUCUGAGCAAGGCCAAUGCAGACCACCUAUGGCCGAUGAUUUUGGAGUUGAGGAGUAAGCUCGAGGUGUUGUCGACAGGGAAGAAGCAGUUUGCAGCAGAGAAGAGAAAGCUAAUGGCGGCGGCAAGGAAGGAACAAGCCGCGGCUGAGAGAAGGCAGAGGAUGGAAGCUGAAGAGGAGACGCAACGUCAGGAGACAGAGAUCGUGAGGCAGGACGGAUGUAUGGGGCAACGUCGCUCGAAGAGAUCGCUCACGCUCACUUCGCUGGAUUCGGCCCCAGAACCUGCAAACCCGAGUGUUGGUGGAUCUUCGCACGAAGUGUCUGGUCUGAUGAUCUCUUCUCGCAUAGAACUCCCAAGCAUCUUAGUCAUCAACGAAAUACAACUCUGGAUCACUUUGCACCCCUUCGUCGACUUCGCUCUCCGGCUCUUCAUCAAGACCGUCAUUUCCAAGUCCCUCUUCUUCCCAAAUCGUACCAUCUUCCCUAUGGAGCCUAUCUACUUCAUCCACUACUCUCCCCAAGCGCUCUAUAUCUGUUUCAUCUCCUGA